AUGUCUGUUGAUCUAGAUUCACUUGACGAGGGAGGGAAACAUGUUUCUACGGAGAUGGUCGAAAGCAUAUCUCAGACUUAUGAAUAUGAUGAAGCCAACGAGGGAAUAUGGGCUGCAGCAAAAAAGAACCCUAAAGUAAUUCUCUACAGCGUGACUGCUUGUGUGAGUUCAAUGCUUUGGGGGUUUGAUAUCGGAGUUAACUCAAUUACCGUUGCACUGCCGGGGUUUAAAAUGGUCUUUGGAUACGAGUAUGGCGGUGAACUCCUAAUUUCAGCCACUUGGAAUGCCCUUUGGACAGCGAUGACAUCGCUUGGGAUGCUGGUUGGAAGUAUUAUCUGCGGCUACGCAUCGGAUCGUGGCGGUCGACGACUUGGAUUUGGAAUAGGCUCUGCUCUGUCCUUUCUUGGGGUUGGACUUGAAUAUGCUGCCAGCGAACCUGGUAUGCUUUUAGCCGGCAAAAUAAUUAACGGGUUAUCACUCGGGUUCUUCCUCACACUCAGCUCUAUAUACGCGUCGGAAAUCGCGCCUACUGCUUUACGUCCUUCCCUAACUGCAAUGGUCAACUUCUUCAUCAAUGCUGGUCAACUGAUGGCUAUCGGAAUUGGGAAUACGCGGUUUUCCUUAUUGGCUCCGGUAUCCUACAAGGUAAUCUUUGCCGCACAGUGGGCCUUUCCCUGCUUUAUUGCCUUGGCUGCCAUAUUUAUCCCGGAGAGCCCAUGGUAUCUUUGUCGAAAGGGUCACAUUGUACAGGCGAAAAAGAGUCUUGGUAGACUUCAUUUGAAGAACACUAACACAGAAUUGAUUCUAAAGGAAAUACAAACUGCUAUUGCUGCUGAGAAUGCAAUCGCUAACAUACAAAAAGACGUAUCUUACUUAGAUUGCUUCAAGGGCACCAAUUGGCGCAGGACUCGCAUUUCCUGUGGAAUGUUUGCCGUGCAGCAGUUUACUGGUAUUGCAUUCUACUCUCAAUCUUUAUACUUCUUGGGUAUUUCUGGUCUGCCCACCGCUCUUACUUUCCAACUAGCCCUUGGAGGGUUUGGUGUAGCCAUGCUUGGGAACAUUGCCUCGUGGUUCAUCAUGAACUAUGUCGGACGUCGACCGUUAAUUCUGAUUGGUAUCAUUCUUAACGGGCUUUGCCUAAUGUCUGUUGGGAUCGCUGGGUGUUUCACUACCAUGGCUGCUAUGUACUACACCGGCUAUGUGAUGAACUUCGCUCAACUGUUCUAUGCCCCCACAGUCGGAGCUGUCAGUUGGACCAUCAGUGCCGAGGUUAGCUCAAUCAAAGUCCGAGCUAAAACCCAAAGCUUGGCGAUUGUUACAAACGCGCUGGUUAGCUGGGCGAUGAACUUUAUUGCGCCAUACCUCAUCAAUACUGAUCAAGCAAAUCUAGGAGGAAAAGCUGCAUUUGUGUGGAUGGCUUUGUGUUUUGUUAGUCUGGGUUGGGCAUGGUUCGAAGUUCCAGAGCUCAAAGAUCGUACUUAUACCGAGCUUGACGAUAUCUUUGCACAGAAGGUGCCAACAAGAAAAUUUCAACAGGCCAAAAUCAGCCGUGGCCAAAGUGCCACAGAUGUUUGA